CAGUAAACAAAAAGCAGAAAGGAAAAUGGAUAAAUACUUAGUUAAAAUGCCUGUUAAAGCAAAGAGCAAUAAUGUAACUGAAGAAAAGGCAACUGCUAAAGAAGUAACACCCAAAGUUAAAAUGCCUGUUAAAGCAAAGAGCAAUAAUGUAACUGAAGAAAAAUUAGCUGCUAAAGAAGUAACACCCAAGACUAUAAAAGCCAGCAAAGAAAUUAAAGAAAAAAUCUCCCGAAAUAAACGAAAGAGUGAAGAUACGCCUGAAGAAACCAAGGAUAAAGAAAAUGCGGAGACUGAGAAUCCACCCAAGCGCAGAAGUACGCGAGUGACGCGCAGCACGCGUUCAAUGGCUGAGGAAGGACCAGCAUCACCAGAGGAACCGAGUCCGGAGAAACUGCCAUUCAUUAAAUAUACGGGGGCCAUAAAAUAUUAUACGGAAAGCAUGGAGAUUGCAGCAUCCGCAGAUGAAGUCAUGCAAUGGGUUGAUAAACAAACUGAGCUGGAUGUGGUGCCCAUGGCAUUUGAUAUGGAAUGGCCAUUCUCAUUUCAAACUGGACCUGGAAAGUCUUCUGUUAUACAAAUUUGUGUAGAUGAGAAAUGCUGUUAUGUUUAUCAACUAACCAAUGUGAAGAAAAUACCAGCAGCGCUGGUGGCGUUGCUAAAUCAUCCCAAGGUGCGACUGCAUGGUGUGAAUAUAAAGGCCGAUUUUCGUAAGCUGCAGCGCGACUUUCCUGAGGUGGCAGCAGAUCCGCUUAUAGAGAAAUGCGUGGAUCUGGGCGUCUGGUGCAAUGAAAUCUGUGAGACUGGCGGCAGAUGGAGCUUGGAGCGUCUGGCUAAAUUUAUAGCUAAGCAAGCGGUAGAUAAGAACAAAAAAGUGCGCAUGAGUAAAUGGCAUGUUAUACCGCUGGAUGAGAAUCAACUAAUGUAUGCGUCCAUAGAUGUUUAUAUUGGUCAAGUAAUCUACCGACUGCUGGAUCAGCGUGAAAAGACUAAGCUAAAAAAUGAAACUGAAUUCAAGGAACAAAACGGCGAUGCUGCCUUCAAAGCAGUCAAAGCGCUGGGUGAGAAUUUCUUGUCAAAAAUUAAUGAAGUUGAGGUCUAGUUUAAUUUAAGUAAUUUUAAACAAUUUUAUAGACUGUCUAAA